AUGGUUUCCAAAAGCGACUCACCUGCCUCGCAGUCUCCAUCCGGAGCGGCGUCAGGCGAAUCUCGAAAUGAUGAUGAGAACCUCGGUUCUUCGCCAGAAAUUCCUCUCGACCCACCCUCCCUUACUCGAGCUGUCAAAGCGAGAAAAUCCGAAUAUACUCGCCAGCGGUCGAUCAAUAUUAAAGUGGGAUCAUGGAAUGUGGCGGCCAUCCCUGGCACUGAGGAGGACAUCGGGAAUUGGUUUGUAAAACGGAAGGGCGUAUGUGAACAACUCUCUGGGGUAAGGGUCUCAGACCUUGAAUCGCGGUCUGAAACAAAAUCAGGAGGAGCCUACGAUAACACCGGAAUGGCGCCUUCAUCUCUUGGGCCUGAACCUGAUGAGGUUGGUCUUUAUGUUCUGGGGUUGCAAGAGAUCGUGGAUGUAUCUUCUCCCGCGGAAGCAUUGCGACCAUAUGUCGAUCCGGCACCCGCAAAUAAGUGGAAGGAAGCGGUGCAAGAGGCGCUUCCAUCGGGCUAUCAACUUGUCGCGGAAACCCAGCUGGUGGGACUGUUACUGUUGAUAUAUGCGGCCCCUUCUAUUGCCGAUAGUGUGUCGUCCGUCAGCUGCGUUAAUGUAGGGACAGGGCUCCUAGGAUACAUGGGCAACAAGGGCGGGGUAGCGGCACGCCUAUUGCUAGGGGAAACCACGAGUCUAGUCUUUGUCAACUGUCAUUUAGCAGCAGGGUCGGAUAAAAGCAGCCUGGACCGGCGGAACUGGGAUGCCUCGCAAAUAAUUGGACGCGCAAAGUUCGACCCGAUCGAUCCCGACGUUACACUCCGGGAUGGACCUACGGAAAGUAUUGGCCAAGAAGAUUUUGCUUUCUGGUUUGGCGAUCUCAAUUAUAGACUCGAGGACAUUCCAGGCGAUGAUGUGCGGCAAGUACUUUCCCGACAUGCAGAAUCCGAGAACGACCAGGCAGCGCCGUUUUCCAUUUCGGAUGAAGAUGUCGACCCUCACGCAGACCCUACGUCUCUCCAGACUACUAUCUCUUCCUUGCUGCCACAUGAUCAACUAGGCAUGCAACAGGCAAAGGAGAAAGCAUUCCAUGACGGGUGGCGGGAGGGGAACAUAACGUUCCUGCCCACGUAUAAGUAUGAUGUGGGCAGCGUGGCCAAAUUCGAUUCUAGUGAGAAGCAGCGAGGGCCAAGCUGGUGCGACCGGAUUCUUUAUAGGACUCACCAGGACAAAGAGAAGUACGAGAGACUACUUGCAGAGGCGGCCGAUUCUAGGAAACGAGACGACGAAAUGAAAGCCAGGGGCCUUGAUGUAGCUGCCGCUGAUGAUAAUGUUCUGUUUGACUACGACCCGGACGUUGAUGGUGCUGAUAGUUCGGAUGAAAAUGAUUUGAUGAAAGAUCAGACGAGUGAUAUGGCAUCAGAGUCUCAACCUGAUCCUGAGGAGGCUCUCCGGCUUGAUUAUUAUACUUCACGCCAGGGUAUCCUCUCCUCCGACCACAAACCUCUAGCUGCUGGAUUUACCCUGACAUUUGAAUCGGUAAUCCCACACUUGAAAGCCAAGGUGCAUCAAGAUGUGGUCCGUGAAUUAGACCGAGCAGAAAACGAGUCUCGACCUAGCCUAACAGUUGUGGUAGACAGACAUGGUGUUGGUAUGAUUGAGCACGAAUCACAGGCAGAUCCCGAUGCAGUCAAUUUUGGUCACAUCCCUUUUGAUGUUCCUGUCAAGCGAUACCUAACUGUCGCAAACACUAGUGGCGUGCCCGCGACCUUUACACUUGAAAAGCCAGAGACGGCCGAUGAGAUGUCCUGGCUUGAGUAUGGAGUCGAGCCACCCCACCGCGACGAUUCUAAAUCUUCAGAGAAGCAUAUUUUGUCGAAACAUAAGUGUACUUUGUCUCCCGGAGAGCUCGCUAAUGUUGUGGUCACGGCCUAUGUUAGGGAUAUCGAGCUGGUGCGUUUGUUGAACGAUGGAAAAGCCAACCUCGAGGAUAUUUUAGUCCUUCGAGUAGCUAGUGGUCGUGACCACUUCAUCCCCGUGUAUGGAAAAUGGCUGCCUACGUGUUUCGGUCGCACGCUGGAAGAUCUUACUCUCAUGCCAGAGGCAGGAGCGCGCACCCUGUCGCCUACUAGAGUAUCUGAACGUAGAAACAGAGACAAAGACGUUCCUCUAUCGGCCCCUCGGGAGCUCUUCCGCUUGACCGAGGCAAUAUCCGAGUUGGCGGAGCGUGCUACUGCUGAAUGGAGCAUGACAAGAGAUGAGUCCGAUGAGAGGCCGCCAUGGCUCACAGACCCUUAUGGGCCUGGGUGGCCCUUUGAACCGGAGACAUGGACAUUGAAGGACAGGGAAAAACGAAGUCCUCUUUUAGCGUCUGCCCGAGAGGCAUUAGACACCAGCCAACCCUUCAGCACUGUGUUCGCACCGGAGGUGUCCUCGCUUCAUCGUUUAGAAAUCUUGAGUGAGACCUUGAUAGGGUUCUUAUCUUCGUUAAAAGAUGGGAUCGUCACGGCGUCGGUUUGGCUUGACUUAGAGCAACAUAUUCUUGCUCGGGAAAAAUCCAAAGCGCCGCCUUUAACGUGGGAAGAAUCCCAAGCCUGGGUCCUAGAGAGCCUCGCAUACUCUCCCGUACACAGUGUGUCUUUUACCUUUGUUACAUUUAUGCUCGCUCGCAUUGUAAACGAGGUUGCCCCAGCAUCCUCCAUACCCGCGCGGGAUUCCUUGUCGACUUUAUCUGGGGAAGAAUCAACCUCACCCACCCAAAUAUCCAUCAAUAGCCAGUCAUCGACUCCAAGUGCAGCAUCAGCGGCAUCGUCUUUUAUUUCCGGCGGCAACCUUCGCCGGAGAACACUCACCUUCGCAGCUUCGAGCGCAGCAGAAAACCCUGAUAACUCCCUGAGCAUCCGACGACAAACCGUCGAAUCGGUUCUCUCGAGGAUCUUCUCCACAGUCCUCAUUUCCACCGAUAUUUCUGUACCAGCCAAAGAGAAAGACCGACGGGCGUUAGAGGAGAGAGAGCGAAGUAUUAUAGAGCCAUUUUUGAAGGCAAUGGGAGUGGAUAACAAGGGGCCAUCAGGAGGGGUUUCAUAA